CAAAAAGCAACAACAGUAAUAUUGUGAAACAUUUAUUACUAUUUAAUAUAGCUGUUUUCUAUUUGAAUAUAUUUUAAAAUGUAAUUUAUUCCUGAAUUCUCAGCAUCUUCCGUGUCACGUGAUCCUUUAGGAAUCAUUCUAACAUUCCGAACUUUUGAAAGCUGGUGUACAUUUAAAUCCCAAUCUGAGGCACAGAUUUAGGAAGGUUUGGUGUCAGACGUUUCUUUGUCUGCCUUCUGUUUCAGGUAGGGCUGAAAUGUCCUGUCUGGAUGAGGUGCGCUUUAAGAUCCCUCUUGGCUUUCUUGAGGAUGCAGAGGAAGAAGUCGAGCUCAUCCCAGCUUCAGAAACCCCUCUGCCUGACUACCUGAAGAUAAUGCAGGAAACUGAGUAUGUGUUCAGCCUGGAGAACUGGGUUCUCACGGGUCUCCAGGGCGGCUAUCCAACUCUCAAUCCCCGCUCUUCCUGUGAGCCUAUGGCGACCUGUCCUCCAUACUGGAUGAUGUUCAGCAGCCCUCAGGAGAGCAGGUUAGCCAGCCGCUGGAGCAGUGACUUCUGGGAGCCCAACCCUCGUCCCCGCAGCCGCAGCUUAAAUGCUGCCCACUACCGCAUGAUGAACACCCGACCGCCCCAUAAUUCACGGUGUGAAUUAUCUCCUGGAGAGGCUCAACUACCCACAGGAGCUGCUGUCGAGGCAUUAUCCGGUCCUCCCAUCUACCUGCACCUCAGCAGUCCUCACUUUCCCAUCGACACUCCUAAUGGUCUUUGUGACUCGUCCCACGGGCCACAAUGCACGAGGGUACACCACCUGAGGAAGCGAAGAGUCGGGCCGCCCCAUGAGGAGGUAAUUGGGGGUCACGGGAUCCACAUCGGCUACAUCUGUCGACACAUAGCCCAGUGGCUUAGAGUUGAGGAUUCCCUCCACCUCAAUCAGGACUGUCUGCAAGACUUCUUCGGUCACUGUCUGUGCUCCCAGAGUAACAUAGAGUGCAGCCUUAAUGGAUCUGACUUCCCGCUCCCAGGCUCCACCAAAAUUUUCUCAGUAUUGUGUUUCCUGCCCUCGUCUCUCAAGGGUACUGUGAGCAUGAGGCACUGUUGUUGUUUUUUCCAGGCCCAGGACUCAUUCUCCCCCCCGGCCCCAUCACGGCCACUCAAUUCCCACGCUGCCGUCCUGGACUCUGCGGUCGAGCUGCUCUCCGCUCUCAGCCCAGAGGAGAGGGAUCUGCUGGCGGCAGUGACUGAGCGGGGCUACCCUCUCCGUACGGCCAUCAUCACCCUUCAGAAAACUGGCCGGCAGAGUCCCGAGCAGAUCUUGAGGUAUCUGGUAGUGUGUGAUCGGUUAUGUGAACUCGGUUAUGAUGAAGCUCAGGUUGAAGAAGCACUUGAGAUGUUUCAGAACUGUGAGACCAAGGCUGAGGAGUUCCUUCACCUUCUUGCUCAGUUUCAUGAAAUGGGCUUCCAGCAGAACGCCAUUAAGGAGGUUCUUCUGGUGCACGAGAACCACAGAGAGCGGGCGCUGGAGGAGCUCAUGACCCGCGUGGCCUGAUGCAGUCCGUAUUAUGAUGCAAUGAAUUGGCUGCGAUCAUGGUUUGUGCUGUUCACCGGGCUCAUAUAGCUGAUGCUUUUUUAUCAUAUGUGACCCUGGACCACAAAGCCAGUCUUAAGUCGCUGGGGUAUAUUUGUAGCAACAGCCAAAUAGAAAUUGUAUGGGUCAAAAUUAGAGAUUCUUUUUUUUUUAUGACAAAAAAGUAAAGAUCAUGUUCCAUGAAGGUAUUUUGUAAAUUUCCUACCAUAAAUUUAUCAAAACGUAAUUUUUGAUUAGUAAUGUGCAUUGCUAAGAAUUCAUUUGGACAACUUUAAAGGCGAUUUUCUCAAUAUUUCCACUCCAGAUUUUCAAACA